AGAAAGAGCCGCACACUUUUAACUUUCUCCGUUUUCGUCGUCAGAGACAUCUCUCUCAAUCCCCAAAUCUUCGAAGAUAGAUUCAGAUCGGAAACGGAAGAAAGACUCUGUCUCUUCGACAGAUCAACCAAAGGACAAGAGAGCCGAUCACAACCACCACCACCACCACCAAAGCAAGCACCGUAAGAAGAGCAAGAUGGCGUCGAGAGACCAAGUCAAGGCCUCGCACAUUCUGAUCAAGCAUCAAGGAUCUCGCAGGAAGGCGUCGUGGAAGGAUCCGGAAGGCAAGAUCAUCAUGACUACCACGAGGGAAGCAGCCGUCGAACAGCUUAAAUCGAUCCGUGAAGACAUCCUCUCUGGCAAAGCCAACUUCGAGGAUGUGGCCACUCGUGUUUCCGACUGUAGCUCUGCUAAACGCGGCGGCGAUCUAGGUCCAUUUGGGCGAGGUCAAAUGCAGAAACCGUUUGAGGAAGCAACAUACGCAUUGAAGGUGGGAGAUAUAAGCGAGAUUGUGGACACAGACAGUGGAGUCCAUAUCAUAAAGAGAACAGCUUGAUGUUCUGUUUAUCUCCUUCAAAGCCUCCUCCUAUCAUGUACCAAAAGUUACCAGCUUUUUUGAUUUACCGUCUCUUCUUUGACCAAAGAUAGAAGAUGGAUAAUAAGAUAAAAGGCUUUGUUUCUGCAUCUUUAUAUGGAUUUGAUACAAACCAAACAUAUGAUAAAGACAAGAAACUGUAUCUUAGUUACUUCUCAUAAUUUCAUAAUAACGAAUUUCUGUUGUGACA